UUAAUCUAGCAUUUCUUUAUUAAUAAGAUAAUUAUCCCUCUCCUAUAUAAAUUAACCUCGUCUAUAUACUCAUUCUUCACUCUUCAAAUCCAUCCAAACAGAAAAUUGGUUUCAAAAAAUGGGUGGUAAUCCUUUUGUCCUGGCUCCUUCAGUGCAAGAGUUGGCAAAGCAAGGCAUUACAAAAGUUCCAGAACAAUAUCUUCAACUAAAUCAACAUCCUGUUCUUGUAUCAAACACAAUCUCUUUACCAAUUAUCGACCUUGGUAUAUUGCUAUGUGAAGACUCAAUUGAGCUAGAGAAGUUAGACAAAGCUUGUAAGGAAUGGGGUUUCUUCCAGAUAAUCAAUCAUGGAGUGGACCCUUUACUGGUCGAAAAUGUGAAAAUUGGGACAGAACAAUUUUUCAACCUUCCUAUGGAAGAGAAAAAGAAGUUUUGGCAAACAACACAAGAUAUGGAAGGGUUUGGACAGGUGUAUGUUGCAUUAGAGGAAGAAAAGCUAAGAUGGGGAGAUAUGUUCUUCAUUAAAACUCUCCCUUUCCACAGAAGGCAUCCCCAUCUAAUUCCUCUUAUCCCACAACCAUACAGGGAUAACCUAGAGAGCUAUUAUCUAGAACUGAAAAAACUGAAUGACAAGAUCAUUGAGUUUAUGUCAAAAGCAUUAAAGAUAAACCCAAAUGAAUUGCUAGAAUUAUUUGAGGAGGGACGUCAAGCAGUAAAAAUGGGUUACUACCCACCAUGUCCACAACCUGAGAAAGUGAUUGGACUUAAUCCACAUUCUGAUGGUAGUGCCAUUACAAUACUUCUCCAAGUCAAUGAAAUUCAAGGACUUCAAAUAAAAAUAGAUGGAAUGUGGAUUCCUAUCAAUCCUCUCUCUAAUGCUUUUGUUGUCAAUGUUGGAGAUGCCUUGGAGAUAAUAACCAAUGGCAUUUACCGAAGCAUUGAACAUCGAGUAAUGGUUAAUUCAGAGAAAGAGAGAAUGUCUAUUGCUACAUUUCACAAUAUUCGUAAGGGAGGAAACGUAGGUCCAAUAUCCAGUCUUGUUACUCCUGAAAGACCUGCAUUAUUCAAAACAAUUACUGCUGAAGAUUUUCUCAGUGGAUAUCUUUCAAGCAAGAUAAAAGGGAAAUCAUUCUUGGAUGUUGUAAGGAUCCAAAAGGAGAUUCUUGAAUAAUUUUAGUUCACAGCUUUAACAAUCCUUGUAUAUCUUAUAUAUAUGAAAUAAGAGCUCUUAGGCUUUGGUCCUCUUUAUAUUGAAAAAUUGUGUUUUGUUCCUUUAAAAUAAGUGAAUUUCAUCCACAAAUCAUAGCUCAAUGGGUAGAAAUAUCGAAAUUAUUUGGUCGGACGCUACGAUUAAAGUUCA